GACGUCUUGUGAAAAAUGGAGUCCUUGGGCUUAGGGAUAGUGACAGUAUACGUGUAACCCUUUAAAAAAUUCUUUGUCCUGCUGGGACAUUGUUAGGGUAACUUAAUUAUGAAAACAAGAUAUUUAUCUUGUAAAGUACGGAUUACACAAAUCGAGACUGAACCUUUCAGAAUGACCUAAACUUUGUGCAUCAUGAGUGAGAAGAAAGGGCUGAAUGGAGCAGUUAAGGCAUACGAUGGAUACGGCAGCGUCGACAAGUACUCCGAGGAUAAAGUCCGCAUCCUAGCGGAGGAGGAGGCGAGCUCUGAUGGAGGGAUUCACAUGUCAGGUUUGGAGGGGGGCAGGAGUGACCGGUUCCAUGCAACUUGUUACUUCAGUGAUGGAAAGAGACAGAUAGAUUUCAUACUGGUUUAUGAGGAAGAAUUAGACCAAGCAAAGAAAAAAUCACAAGGGGAGGCGACCAACAUUGAAAAAUGGAGAGCAAAGUUUAUGGUCAAUCUGAAGAAAAAUGGACUAGAUUUAGAGGAGGAACGUACUCAGAGUCAGAAGAAAAUCACCUAUUUUAUAAAGAUCCAUGCACCCUGGGAUGUCCUGUGCUUUUAUGCAGAAGAUCUGUGUUUUAGAGCACCAUUACAGGAAUUGAUACCCAGUAAGGCACAUCCCAAUCCUGCAGACAACUGGUCAGAGAAUGUACUCCGAGCUCUACACAUACCAAACCUUAUGUCAGAUGAUGUACCUAAUCAGCCCAUGGACUUCUACACAUGCCAGUUCAAAAUGUCCAAACUGGACAGAUUUCUGGGAAGUGAUAAUAAGGAUACAUACUUCACAAACAUUCAGAGACAUCGAGUGGUGUGGGAGAUUCUGUCUACCACUGCAUACGGGAAGAAGAAGAGGGCUGAAAUAGGGAUAGAAAGGCUCCUAGAAGAGGACGUUUUCAAAGCAGCAUUCCCCUUACAUGAUGGUCCAUAUGAGAAACCGGAUCAUGGCAUCAGUCCGGAGGAUAUGAACCACCGGCAGGUCUUGUAUGAGUACUGGGCGCGGUGGGGAAAGUGGUACAAGUACCAGCCAUUGGACCACAUCAGAGAGUACUUUGGGGAGAAAAUUGGCAUAUACUUUGCUUGGCUAGGAUUUUACACUGCCUGGCUGUUACCGGCUGCUGUCGUUGGAAUUAUUGUGUUUGUGUACGGAGUUAUUUCUGUGUUCCAUAAUGUCCCAGUUAAUGAUGUGUGUUCGAGUGGUAAGGAUUACAAGAUGUGUCCACUGUGUGAUGAGAAGAUAGGCUGUGCCUACUGGUACCUCUCAGAUGUCUGUACUUACGUCAAAAUAGCCUACCUGUUUGAUCACCCAGCUACCGUGGCUUACGCUGUGUUUGUGUCAUUUUGGGCUGUAACUUUUCUGGAGUACUGGAAAAGAAAGAAUGCCAGCUUAGCUCACCAUUGGGAUGUCCUGGACUUUGAGGAUGAAGAGGAGAGGCCCAGACCAGAGUAUGCUGCAAAGGCUCCAACAUACGAGAAGAACCCCAUAACGGGGGUCAAAGAGCCUCAUUUUCCUCCCAGGGAUAGAAUCCCCAGAAUUCUGUCAGGAUUUGGAGUCAUCAUUUUGAUGAUGUCGCUGGUCCUGAUCUUCAUUGUUGCCGUGAUAAUGUACAGAAUUUUAGUUAGUAUACCUUUGUUCCAAAAUAAAACACUACGAGGCCAGGCCAACCUUAUUGCCAGUACCAGUUCAGCUGUAGUCAACUUGAUUUUGAUUAUGGCCCUUGGAAAAGUUUACGAAAAAUUAGCAUUAAAACUUACACAGUGGGAGAUGCAUCGAACUCAGACUGAAUUUGAAGAUCAGCUGACCUUUAAAGUGUUCAUUUUCCAAUUUGUCAAUUUCUACUCCUCAAUUAUUUAUGUAGCAUUUUUCAAGGGAAAGUUUAAUGGUUAUCCUGGUCACUAUACAAAGCUGUUAGGUUUACGGAAUGAAGAGUGUAAUAAUGGAGGCUGCCUGAUAGAGUUGACACAGCAACUUGCAGUCAUCAUGAUCGGCAAACAGAUGAUUAACAAUGCACAGGAAAUCAUUAUACCAAAGAUGAAAGCCUUCUGGCACCGGUGUAAGACGAGUCUGGAUAAGAGCGCCGUCAAUAGCCGCUGGGAGGAGGACUAUCAGCUGAUCGAGAACGAGGGGCUGUUUGAGGAAUACUUAGAGAUGGUGCUACAGUUUGGAUUUAUCACAAUAUUUGUGGCGGCGUUCCCCCUGGCUCCUCUGUUUGCUCUGUUGAACAACUGGGUGGAGAUUCGACUGGACGCCCACAAGUUUGUCUGUGAGACUCGCCGUCCCGUAGCAGAGAGGGCUCAGGAUAUUGGAGUCUGGUUUACAAUCUUGGAUGCGCUUGCACAGUUGGCUGUUAUAAGCAAUGCUUUCCUGAUUGCGUUUACAUCAGAGUUUUUACCACGCCUCCUUUACCAGUACCAGUAUAACUGGAACCUAGAGGGAUAUGUUAACUUUACCCUUGCUGUGUCUCCCCCGGGCACCAUGAACCAAACGUGCAGGUACAAAGAAUUCCGGGAUGAUGAAGGAAACUACACACUGUUUUACUGGCAUUUACUCGCUGUCAGAUUAGCUUUUGUUAUCUUAUUCGAGCAUGUAGUAUUUGGGAUAUGUAAGUUGAUUGAUUUCCUGGUGCCUGAUGUACCCGAAGCGUUAGAACUGAAAAUCAAAAGGGAGCGAUACUUAGCCAAGCAGGCCCUGGCUGACACAGAUACCAUAAUGAAGACCAUACAUCCAGAAGAUGAGAUUGCCCGGGGAGAUGAGGAGGAUGAUGAGGAAGGUGUCCUGGUGUCCACUGUACCAAAGGGAGGGGGGUCCAGCCAGUCAGCUGUGGAGGACAAAGUCUAGCGUCCAUUGUACCCCGGGGGACAGGUCCAGCCAGCCACCCCCCACAGUCCGGCGAACUAGUGUCAUUGUCCCAAUGGGAUGCUAAAGCCAGUUAUGGAGGACAUUAAUGUCCUACUUACUCUGAACUUCCCUCUUCAUACUCUUAGAUGUCUCAAACUUGAUCAACUGUCGGGAGUGGAAAACUUAAUGUUAUGUCUUUCCUUCUUUUCAGUUUUGUGUGUAUAGAUUUUACAGUGGGUGUAGAUGCAAUACAGUAGAUAAGAUACAGAUUAAAUUGUUAACCUUCUUGUGGUUUAUUUCACUCUUAAGUAGUUGUACUAGUUGUUUAGAACAACUUUUAAUACAGGUAUGAGCUUUAUGAUAUACAUAUAAAAUAUGGUACAUGUAAUUACAAUACUUCCACUAUACAUUGUUACAUGUACAUGUACUAUUAUACUAUUAUAUGUGAUAUUGUUUAAUUCUGUUGAUGUGUGUAUCAAAUAUAUUAGAACUAGUUAUUCACUUGUCUAUACUUGUUUAUUUUUUAGUUUUUAUUUUUGUAAAUAAAAGUAAUUUCUGUGUACAUUAUUUAGAAUUUUAUUACAUUUUACUUAAUUCCACAUUCCUCAUAUUAUACAAAUACUGAAUCGUUAUACUUACUUUGUUAUAUUAGAACAGCUAGUGUGAUGAAUACUAUAAUACUGUUCAUAUUGGGACCAGGUUUCAUGUAAAUAUAAAAAUGAUGAUUAUACCUAUGAUGUAUAUACAAGAGAAUUAUGUAAGAACAGUUGGUUUAAUGAAAACUUUUUAAAAAAAAGUUCAUAUUGGGAUCAGGGGCUCGUAACAUAAAGUUUGCUAAGUUUUUGACUUAAGUAGGGUUGUAAGUACGUUUUAGGCACAAUUUUAGGACCUGUGUAAGUACUACUUAAGUAUGUGUUAAACUGUAACAUAAAGCGAACUUAGCUAUGUCUUAGCUAAGUCAUACCUAUGUUAAAAAUAUUUCAUACGAGUCAACCUAUGGUUUUUCAUUUUAUGUAGAUAUAUUGUUAAAAGUGAACCAGUUAGGGUUUAAAUUAAAUAUACAUGUAUAUCAAAAUUGACGUCUUUACCUAUCGGAUUUAGUUAUGUUAGAUUAGAUCUGAUGAUUCUGUUAUAAAUCAUUCGGUGUAUUUGAAAACAAAUAUACUGCAUGGUCACACCGUAGCUAUUCGUGGUUCAUCGUAAAUGUACAACUAUUAUUUAUCGAUCACUUGAGAUGAUUUCAGUUUACUUUUUGUUACUCUUUUGUUUUGACAAAUGUUCACUUGCUUUGUUAUUCUCGCAAACAUAACAAGAUAAUCGACCUUCUAUUUACUUGAAAUUGAAACUUUAAAAAGGUUCAAAACAUUUUGACCCCCCCUUAUGUAUCAGGCCUUGCAUGUCAGUAGCAAAGACUGCAUAUGUUUUAUGAUAUACUCAUUUGCAAUUUAUCCAAGGCUGCAAAAAAAAUUCGGGGGAUUUUUUUCGUAUGUCUCCACUUAUCAACUCUCUCCCUCCCUCUCUCUCUCUCCCUCCCCCCUCUCUGGAACUAUAGUGAGCACUGACUAAAACGCGCUUAUCGUGUUCUACAAUUAUUCUACUUUACAGAUACUUUUUUUAUCACUCUUUUGGUCAUCAUCAUCUUUCUUUUCUUUUUUAAAAAAAUUAUUUCAUCUCAUAUUUUCAAAGUGAACAGAAUGAUCCAUGAUUUUUUACUGUGUUCAAUUUUUUUCUAUAACCUAGGUCCCACUAAUCCCCCCCCCCCCCCCCCCAAUGACGAAAAACUUAAAUUCUUAAAUUGGCAUCAAAUAUAGAUAAUUGUUUUCCAUAAUAUGAAUAGAGGACUGUUUUAACAUCGAAAGUCAACAUUAAAUAAUUCCAAAUAUAAGUAUAAGAAAGUUAAGAUAUACAUGUACUUAAGUCACCUCUAUUGGCCGCCUAAGUUUCACUAAGAUUGCCAAAUCUUAGCACGCUUCUAGUUACGGUGUUAAGUUUUAGACUGUACUUAAGUCCUACUUAAGCACGGUCUUAGACUUAAGUAACCUUUAUGUUACAACUCCCACGUUUAUUGUUACAACAAAUAUUGAAAGGAAUUUUUUCUCUCACUUUUAGUUUUGAAAGGCUCAGAUAUUCAUAUUUCUGAUAUUGCUAAAUUAUAGCUGUAGAAAUAUUAUGCUAAGUUUAAAAUAUUUUUAGACAUGGUAGUGCUAAAAUAGCUAAGUAGACAUGAUAGUGCUAAAAAAGCUUAGUAGACAGG